AUAAAGUUGACUUCCUGGAGUAAAAAGUGUUGAAAACGGAAAGCCAGACCAAAUAAGAAAAUGUAAACUCAGGUUUGAUUCAUUUUAAAAGAGACACAGUUUUCCCGGUUUCCGGGAGACACUUGUUACAGCAAUGGAAGAGAGACACAGCUCGACAAUGAGCGAUGAACCUCAGACGAGAGCAGACUUCUUAAAAUAUUACCGUCGCCUCACCCUGGACUCGAACACGGCGUACAGAGAGAUGGUUCUGUCUGAGGGGAACCGAAAGGUGGAGCUCACAGAUAUAGUCCAGGAGUACCCCGAACACCCGGACAGGUUCUCUCACCUCUACCAGGUGCUGUGUGAAGAGGGUCUGUCCGGACGCUGCUACUGGGAGGUGGAGUUCAAAGGCUCUGUUGAAAUAGCGAUGGCGUACAAAGAUCUUGGCAGAUCGGACUAUUACGCCGAGUGUGCGUUCGGCUGCAACGACAAAUCCUGGAGUUUGGACAUAAACGGCAACACGAAGUGUUUCAGACACGGGGAUGAGGAGACGGCGGUGCCGGAGCCCCGGUCCUCCAGAGUGGGCGUGUACCUCGAUCACAAGGCGGGUAGCCUGACCUACUACUGCGUCUGUGACACGGCGCUGCAGCUGCUGCACAGAGAAGAAACCACGUUCACGAAGCCGCUCUACCCCGGACUGUGGGUCAUAGACUCCGCCCAGCUGUGUGACCUGGAGGAGAGUUCCAGUUGAACAAUGUCAUGUGAUCCAGGGCAAUCCGGGGCGCCCUUCCAGAGGAUAAAACGCGAUGCAACCCUACGGUGGAUUUCAACAAAUCACGAUAAUAAUGGUACAUGGACAACACCGAUAUAACUUCAAUGGAGUUUAUUACAACUUCAUUUGAUUCAGAAGUAUCUGAACAAAUACAUCCCUUCAUUUCUAUUUUUGGCACUUAUUUUCAAAGUAACAGACCGCCGGUGUAGUAAUGGGCAUGAUUCAUGAUUGAAAGGGCCUCAUUCGAGUCUCCAAAUGGUAACACAUGUGAAAUGUCCAGGAACAAUAAACUCCCUCCCAGCAAAUUA